AUGGAGAGUGCGGGUGGCCGAACCACGGAGGAGGCAGACAUCCAUCGCACACUGCAGGUAAGCAUAGCGAUCUCCGUGGGUGCAACGGAGGCAGGCAAAGUGGCCUGGUCCCGGUGGCUGAAUGAUGGGUUUGGCUACUGGUGGGUAAGCUCCAGCGGGUUCUCAUUUUUCCACAAUGACGGUGGUCAUGGACAGAUUAUCGAAGCGAUGCUGUCGUUGACACUAGCCUUGGUGGUUCUGGACGUUGCCCUGGAAGUCAGCGCUCGGAUGUUGGGGCGUCGGCUCACGCAGUGGGUUCAUGCUGGAAUUUGGCUGCUACUAUCCCUGCUGGGUGCAGCAGACCUUGCACUGAACAUCGGCGCCGGUGGUGCGCGGGUCUCGCUACCAUUGGUUCUUUUCGCCAUCACCGAAUGCGGCUACGUUUUCCGCAUGGUUCUUCCCUGGUUACACUACGUAUUAGCGAGCUUGGCGCUGAUGAUCCUCUUGGCGGUCCUGCUUCUGCCAGUCUUGAUCCGCUGGACUCGUACAGCCACGGAACGCCGUGUUCCAUGGGCGUGCAAGCUGGCACUCGGCAUAUACUGCGGCGGUGCUUUGUGGAGAUGCCGCUCCGCUUCUCAGGGCGUGGGCGCCGAUCUCUUAAGCCAGCUCUCCAGUGAUGCCUUGGCCAUGCUGACGGGAACCCUCCUGCCAGUGGACUCCCGUGAGGUGCUCGCCUCCCAUGGAACUACGUUUAGCACGGCUACGACGUUUUUCCCUCCAAUACUCCUGUUUCACUGGGAAGCUGGCGCAGACAUCCUCCUGGAUCGUUCAAACGCGAGCGCCACGCCUUACCUUCGGAGGCUAGUGCAGAGGCCGGACGUUUUCUCGGGCAGUGCCAUCGCUGGAGUUCCUGUGACCCUGAAGACAGCAUGGGAGGUUCUUUGUGGGCUGCCAGCAUCUUCAACAGCCGAUUUUCGUGAACAGGGAUCUGGAUUGAGGCAGGAGUGUCUUCCUCGAGCACUGAAGCGUUGCUGUGGUUACCGGUCCGUGCUCGCGAAGAUGGACACUGAACUGCCAGACCUGCCUCGCCGGGUUUUUGGCUUCGAGGAGACAAUUGUGGCUGAAGAUGAGCAUGGUCUUCUAGAAAAGCUCCGGCAACUGCUUGCCUCAUGGGGUGCACUGAAUGCUAGCUCACCGGCUUUCGUGUAUUUCUACGGAGGAGACGCUCAUCCCCCAUACUAUCAGAACCGCGUGGACAGCUCCGAAAGAGGAUUUGCGGUCGAAGAGCUGAUGGAUGUGUUCCUAGCCCUCAAUCGGAGAACCGAUGCCGUUGCAGAGCGUCUUUCGGAGUUUUGGCCGCCUCCGAGAAAGGUUUCCGAUUCCAGUCGCUGGCAGAAAGAGAACGGCUUGGCAUUUACUUUUGGAGACCACGGCGAACAGCUGAGUGGUGCCGACCCGCCCCCGCAUGGAAAUCUAGUCUCGCCGGAUGUGUCGCGGACCAUGAUGGCCUUCGAAGCUAGAUCAUUCUCUUCCCGAGUAGUCUCGCCAGGCCUUUUCCGCAUGGCAGAUGUUUAUGCAACCAUUGCCGACCUUGUCGGCCUGGAACUGAAAGGCAAGCUAUUUAUUGGAACCAGUCUGUUUGGAAAGCUUGAAGCUCAGAGCCAAUCCAGACGGUUUGGUGUUGCCUCGUUCUCCUUCUACCGGCCAGGAGACCUCGCUGCCGCUCACUUCCGUGCCUCGGAUGGCCAGAUCUGUGCUGCGGAGUUCCACCGCGGCUCUCAAGGCUGGAAACUCUUCAAGGCAGACUCUUUGCAAGAUCUCUUCGGGAGUGGAAAGAGCCUAUCUUCCGUCGAGGCCAACGCGAGCAGCACGUGUGCCAGUGAAUCCAUGGCUGCGCUGAGCUGGGCGUUGAAGCAGCGACAGGCCAUGAACACAUUGCUGACCGCGGUCUUGCGGCAAUUUGCACAGCAUGCCUGUGAUGUGGAAACCGUUUGUCUUUGCAACAUCUCAGAGAGGUUCUUGCAAGAAGCUGCAGCAGCAGUGUCGCGGGAUUCUUGGCAGCAAUGGUCGAUCAAUGGGAUCAAUGGAGGACUUGCUGACUCAGGCUGCAGCUAUGGCAAGAUGGCUUCUCAAGAGAAUGUUGCAACCGUUCCUACCUCCACCCGCAGCGAAGCUGCGCACGGGAAGGUUUGCGAGCUGCGACCUCCGUGCCUGUGUGGCCCCGAGCAUUCCUCGAAUCCAAAGGGCGUGGCCCAGGCCUUCGCCAAGUGCGUCUUGUGGUCAGAAGAACCAGGCGGACGUCGCCGACGGGAAGCGCUGCUGAGUUUCCAAAGUCAGGAGGCGGACCCCGUCGCAUUUUUGUUGCUUGGAGAUGUGCUGAUGGCGCAUGCCUGGCCGUUCAGGGCACGGUCGAACUUGGGCGAGUUCAACUGCGAAGUCCGAGAGGCUGGGGAGUGCCAGGACAAAGCGGCCCCAGCCGAGCCCGCAUCACCGGAACGGCCCGCAGACGAUCCGGUCAGCCAGGAAAUUCUGGAGGCACUGCAGCAUUACGAGCCUCCACGGCCAGGAGUUGCAGCUGGUGAUGAGGGAGAUGCACAAGCCAGCAGCGUGCGGCCAACGAGUCCGUUGCCGCCGGAGGAGUUGGAGCAAAGCCUUGGAGCGAACUCUUUCCUGGCAUCGUGCUCGCCAACCUCGGAGCAGCGCUCCGCGACGACUCCGGCACUCUCCGCCACAGGGGAGGCACUGCAGCUCACUAGCGCAGUUACGGCACACGAUCCCGUGGACGAGCUGGCACCGGACGCUGCUGGGGCAAGCGCCGUCGGGACUGAUUCGUUGUUGCCAGACCAGCCGCUGGAGGCCAUCUUGAACCAGUGGAGAGAAAAGUAUGCUGCUUUCCAGGGGGCGAUGCAAACUGUCGUCGGCGGGAUUGGAAAAGGAGGCAUCAUCGUUCGAUGCGCUUCGGGCGUGGGCUCUGAGCAGCUACCACAGCGCCUGGAAACUGGUGCAGUUGUCCAGGAGCUUUCCCUGGAGGGCGAGAGAUUGUGCUACGAGCUGAUCUCCGGAGUGGGGCCGCCGCAAGGCUGGGUCAGCACCAGCUUGCAGGGCAGAGCUCUCCUGGAACGGGCAGAUGAGAAGGCGGAGGAGGCGAAGGCUCUCCCGGAGGCUUUGCCAGCUUUGUCCGCAAGCAAGUGGCUGGCAAAGUACGAGCACGGGAAGGAAGCUAAAUGCAGGCUCGUGUGCUUCUUUGGCGCCGGGCACGAUGCGAUUGGAUUUGCGCACUGGAAUCAGUACGUGGCGGAGAAGUAUCCUUCCAUCGAGCUGCUGCUGAUUACUUUGCCGGGCCAUGGAGUGAAUCGCCAUGUGCCAGUACAAGAGAAUGCAAAGGCAUUGGCAAAGCUGGCCGCUGAAGAACUGCUGAGCCUCAACGAGCACUUCGGCCCCUUCGGAUUGUUGGGCUUCUCCGUGGGUGCUACAGCCAGCUAUGCGCUAGCACACGAGAUGACCUGUCGUGGACGGAAGCCGUUGAAGUUGUAUGUGGCUGGCAGGGCCGGGCCAAAGGUCUGCUUCCGACCUCCGGGACAGGAGGAGAUUUGGGCCUUAGACUCGAUUGCCUGGAUACGCUGGUUCGUUGCAAACUUUGCCACCGAAGAUGAUGUCAAGCGAACAGAACGAUUGAUUCAGUUGUCUGACGGACCAAACGAUGGCCUGUUAAAAUCCAUUUCCUCAUCGCAGAAGGCCGACAUGCUUCUUGGAGACAGUUUGGCAGGUACAAAGCUCCCAGCCAUUGAAACGGAUCUCUACGUGCUAGCAUCCAGAGCCGAUGAAGUAUGGCCAGCAGAAGACAGUGCAAAGUUUGGCAACCGUUGCAGCCCGGCGUACAUGGACUGUGCUGAGACCUGGAAGCCUUGCACUCUCGGAUCAACGACUCUCAAGUAUUUCGACGAGUUGACUCACAGCGAGCUGUGCACUGAACUCCUGCUGGAAGAAGUUUGGUGGAAAGCGUUGGAGAGUGGUUCUUGCACCGAUGACGGCACUUGGACUGCGGCCAUGCCGGUCCUGAGCACCGAUGCAUCCAAGCCAGCACGCUUUGGAGCAAGCCGUGAAGCAUCGGAGAGCGAUGACGAGGCUUUUCUGAGGAGGAUCAAGCAGGAAGUAGGUCUGGAUGCUGGUCCAAUGUGGGACUCCCUGCCAUCUCCAGGAGGCAGCGCAGGCGGCAGCCCAAUCGCGGCAGAGGCCGACCUGUACCCGCUACCGGCUGGCAUGGAACAGGAUUUUCGGCAUCUCCGAGCAGCUCUUGCAGCAGAUGCUGAACCACAAGUAUUGCAGGAAGAUGCUGAAGCUGAAACUCGCGACGGAGAUGAUGACGCCAACGCUUCGGGUCCUGGUGAAGCCGCCGCAGCCGGCGAGGGGGACAAGAGUACAGCUCAGGAGGAGGCAUGGAUUCAGCCAGACCAGCAAACCUCCGACGCAGCAACAGGUGUCGGAGCCGCUGCAUCCUUUGAAGCAAAAGACCAGAUGCUUGCUCGGCUCCUGGCCUUGGAAGCUGAAGUGUCACGACUGCGCGAAGGAGCGGCACCCACAGCAAGUGCGAGUCCUUUGUCUCCAGAGCCAAGCGCUGAAAGCCCGAGACGACCGGAAGAGAGAGGAGGUGCCGUGACGGAACGCGGAGAGGCAUUGCUCAACUCCUUGGCCAUGAGCUUGUUAUCCUCGGGCAGUUCAUUGUUUGCCUCCCUGUCUGAUGGCCCGACUUCUCCGGUUUGGCACCAUGGCAGUGGCGCAGCUCUGUCCCAGCAGGUGGAAGCAGAGCCAGUGCGAGAUGCAAUCGAGAACAGGCCGCAGACAAGAGAGGAAAGGUUCGAGGAGGAAGCGGAUAGUUUGGUUCCACAGUCUCGGACUUUGGAAACCGCAGUGCAGGUUCCAGAGUUCGCAGCAGUUGCUGCAGCAGUGCAGACCGAAGCAGAAGACACCGUCGAAGACGCCGCAAUCGCCAAGAGUGAAGAGAAGCCCAGCACUGUUGCGGAGCCAAUGCCGCCCUCGAAUCGACAAGGUGCAGAUUCUGCAGCAGGCGCAUCUGCCGAGAUGCCUGUACUUGCGCAAGACCCUGGCCAACCCACGGAAGCUGAGCCGAGAUCUGCCUUCCAAGGUCUACCGGCCAGUGUCAAUCCAGAGGCAGGAUCCGGACCUUUGCCCUCGAGAACUUUGCCAGCGGACUCAGCAACGCGGCAAGUGAUGGCGUCAUCAGCGUGCCCUGCUGCACGGUCUCGGUUUGACAUGGUUGCACAGAUGCCAGCAGACUGGUGUGCAGGUGCUUUGCACCCUUCAGAACUUCCGAUGCUGCCACCACAUCUACCGAAGUCUCUGCAAACCAGCCCGCAGCGAGAUGAUAGGCAUGCUCAAGACCAAAGUCCUUGGAGGCCAAUCAGAUCAAUGGCAACACCUUAUCCGCCCUCGCCGGGGCCCGUCAAGGCAUCUUGCGCCUCCUCAGCACGAGGCCAGCAUGCGAACUACAGAGCUGCUGCUGGAAUGGAGGACGACUUGCUGCUCCAACGUGCCUACGAUGUAUACCGGCAACAACAGCUCGACCUGCUACAUCCACAAGUGUGA